GCUGCACGCCUACAAACCAAAGGGACACAGACGUGUAUUUGAGCUUGGCAUCUAUAUGUACAAUCUUAUGGAAUAGAUUUACUACUAUACAGGUGCAGUGUGUAGCCAUGGCUGCAUGGGUGGAAGCUUCCACAGGGGAAAUGGGCCAAUCGCUCAUUAACCCAGACGAACCUUCAGUUGCAGACUCUGCGCUUCCUGAAGACACGGGCAAGUCAGAAUCGGUCCUAAAAUCCCACUUCAUUCCCAAACCAUUUGUCCUGCAAAGGAAUGCCACUGUCCGCUCGAUCCAGGCUCCAAAAACCAACAUUAGCAAAGAGCUCAAUCGAGCCGCCUCUUCUGAAAUGCCUUUUAAUAUUAAAAAACCUGAUACUGGUGUUCCAAAACCAUCAGAAUCCCUAAAAUCAGGCUCAAAUGACACAGUAAAUGGCACUAACCAAAGUGCAGCCCCUAUACCCGUCCCACUCAUCCCAAAACCUGACUUAAUGGCUAAAGCUAAACCGGAAUCAACAAAGACUCCUGGUUCUGAUAACCAAACCAGUCCAAACUCAAAACCUGAUGUGACCGCUGAAGAUGUGAAGGAUGUUCAGCCCAGGAGCAGGGCAAAAUCCUUGGGUUCUCAGGAUCAAAAGAUCCUGAGCCAGAAGGUCGGAGGAGAAGCAGCCAAGACUGAUGCAGAUGUUAAAAUGUCUUCAAAAUGCUGGCCGCCUCGAAAUCGUCUAGCCAUGGAGCUGACCUCCAAGUUCGAGUCACCAUCUCCACCAGAGAAAGAGGUGAGGAGAGAUGCUGAAACCAGCGAGACGGAGAAAGACUUGCCGCCGCAUUCUCCUUCUGAGUCCAGCUCUUCAAAGCCUCUGAUGGAGAAAGAAGAGACGGGAGAUGAGGAGGUCAGUGGAGGCAGCAUUAAGGGACGGAUCAGCCUUCUCUUCGAUCGAUCUACAGCAGCUCAGCACAGGGACACCUUCAACAAAAGAGACAAUCCACAAGCCGAAAUAUCUGUUGACAUUAAACAGAGAAUCCAGAAUCUGAGCUUGGACGCACCAAGGACGCGCUUGCCAUCCACUGGUGCUCCCAAAAGUCCACCAUCCGAGAAGACACAGAGCACCUCAGAUGAGGUGAAAUCUUCUGAAAAACCUGCAGCGACAGACAUGAUGCCUGGUGACAAAUCAACAAGUACGACAGAAAUCAAGAACGCAGCUGCUAGUGUGGAGAAUGAAGAAGAAAAGGAAGACCAUGUUGCCAUUCCGGUUUACCAAAGGUUUGAGAUGAGCCUAGAUGCUGAGAAAAAGAGAAGGGAAGAAGAAGAAAAACAGAGAAAAGAUGAGCAGUUUGAGAAAGAAAGACAACAGCAGGAAAGGGAAAGACUAUUGGAAAAGGAGAGGAAGGCAAGAGAAAUAGAGAGGCAGAAAGAAGAGAAACAAGAGAGAAAACAGGAAGAGGAAAAGCAAAGACAGAUGGAGGAAAGGAGAAAGCAAGAAGAAAAACGAAUCAAAGAAGAAAUAAAAGAGGAGGAGAGGAGGAGACAAGCCAAAUUAGACUUGGAGAGACAGAUUGAAGAGGAGAAGAGAAGGAUUCAAGAAGAAAAAGAGAGACUGAGAGAAGAGAAAAGACUGGAGAAACUAAAGAAAGAGAAAGAAAUGGAAGAAAGAAAACGAAUGGAAGAAGAGAGACUAAAAGAAGAGGAAAGACUGAGAAAGGAACAAGAACAAGAGAGACUACAGAAGGAAAAAGAGAUGGAAGAAGAGAGGAGAAGAAUUCUGGAAAUAGAGAGACAGAAAGAGGAAGAAAGAUUGAGAAAAGAGCAAGAAUUAGAGAGAAUAAGGAUAGAAAAAGAGAUGGAAGAAGAGCAGAGAAGAAUUCAGGAGAUGGAGAGACAGAAAGAGGAGGAAAGACUGAGACAAGAACGAGAAGAAGAGAGACUACAGAAAGAAAAAGAGAUGGAAGAAGAGAGGAGAAGAAUUCAAGAGAUGGAGAGACAGAAAGAGGAGGAAAGACUGAGACAAGAACGAGAAAAAGAGAGACUACAGAAGGAAAAAGAGAUGGAAGAAGAGAGGAGAAGAAUUCUUGAAAUAGAGAGACAGAAAGAGGAGGAAAGACUGAGACAAGAACGAGAAAAAGAGAGACUACAGAAAGAAAAAGAGAUGGAAGAGGAGAGGAGAAGAAUUCAAGAGAUGGAGAGACAGAAAGAGGAGGAAAGACUGAGACAAGAACGAGAAAAAGAGAGACUACAGAAAGAAAAAGAGAUGGAAGAAGAGAGGAGAAGAAUUCAAGAGAUGGAGAGACAAAAAGAGGAGGAAAGACUGAGACAAGAACGAGAAGAAGAGAGACUACAGAAAGAAAAAGAGAUGGAAGAAGAGAUGAGAAGAAUUCAAGAGAUGGAAAGAUUGAAAGAGGAGGAAAGACUGAGACAAGAACGAGAAAAAGAGAGACUACAGAAGGAAAAAGAGAUGGAAGAAGAGAGGAGAAGAAUUCUGGAAAUAGAGAGACAGAAAGAGGAGGAAAGACUGAGAAAAGAACGAGAAAAAGAGAGACUACAGAAAGAAAAAGAGAUGGAAGAAGAGAGGAGAAGAAUUCAAGAGAUGGAGAGACAGAAAGAGGAGGAAAGACUGAGACAAGAACGAGAAAGAGAGAGACUACAGAAAGAAAAAGAGAUGGAAGAAGAGAGGAGAAAAAUUCAAGAGAUGGAGAGACAGAAAGAGGAGGAAAGACUGAGACAAGAACGAGAAAAAGAGAGACUACAGAAAGAAAAAGAGAUGGAAGAGGAGAGGAGAAGAAUUCAGGAGAUGGAGAGACAGAAAGAGGAAGAAAGAUUGAGAAAAAAGCAAGAAUUAGAGAGAAUAAGGAUAGAAAAAGAGAUGGAAGAAGAGCAGAAAAGAAUUCAGGAGAUGGAGAAACAGAAAGAGGAGGAAAGACUGAGACAAGAACGAGAAGAAGAGAGACUACAGAAGGAAAAAGAGAUGGAAGAAGAGAGGAGAAGAAUUCUUGAAAUAGAGAGACAGAAAGAGGAGGAAAGACUGAGACAAGAACGAGAAAAAGAGAGACUACAGAAAGAAAAAGAGAUGGAAGAGGAGAGGAGAAGAAUUCAAGAGAUGGAGAGACUGAAAGAGGAGGAAAGACUGAGACAAGAACGAGAAAAAGAGAGACUACAGAAAGAGAGAGAAAUUGAAGAAAGAAAACAAAUGGAAGAGGAGAGACAGAGAGAAGAAGAAAGACUGAGACAAGAAAGAGAAAGAGAGAGACUAAAGAAAGAAAAAGCGAAGGAAGAGGAGAGACAAAGAAUUCAGGAGAUGGAGAGACAGGAAGAGGAGGAAAGACUGAGACAAGAACGAGAAAAAGUGAGACUACAGAAAGAGAGAGAAAUGGAAGAAAGAAAACAAAUGGAAGAGGAGAGACAGAGAGAAGAAGAAAGACUGAGACAAGAAAGAGAAAGAGAGAGACUAAAGAUAGAAAAAGCGAAGAAAGAGGAGAGACAAAGAAUUCAGGAGAUGGAGAGACAGGAAGAGGAGGACAGAUUGAGAAAAGAACGAGAAAAUGAGAUUGAGAUGGAAACAUGUAAAGCAGCAGAGAGAAUACAAGAGGAAGUUCCUACGAGUCAUGAUUUAAUAUCGUUCGAUGCGGAGGGACCAGCGAUGUCACAGACUCUCGUCUCCACGGUCCAGGCUCCUGACGUCUCACCUCUGCUCACUGAAGUGAUCUAUGAUGACUUUUCAGUGAAACCCCGAAGAUGGGGAACCAGGGCGAGACGCGCCUCCACACCGUCUCCAUCCAGAGAACCUCCUGCUGCUCCUGACCACAGUUUACAGCCAGAAUCAAAAUCCAGUGAUCCUGGAUCCCAAGAACCAUCCGGAGAUCGGGUAUAUGUGCAUGAUGAUCUGAUCGGAUUUGAACCUGAAGCCUCCAGUCCACAAAACUCGACAGAAAGCAGAAAGCAGAUAUAUUUAUUUGAGGAGUCCAAACCAGAGGACCCGCUAGAGCCAGAACCUCAACCUGAUGAGGGUCAGCUGAAGGACGAUGAGCCCGAGGAGGAUGCAGCUCCAGAACAGGACACAGAGAAUCUAAUCGAGGAAACCCAUGAACACAAUGAAAACAGCGACACUGUUGAUAAUGUCGCCAGAAUCAAUCAAGUCCUACAGAGACUGAAUCAAAAAACUACAUCUGCUGAUUCAGACACAGAAGACGUCCCAAUUCAGGAGGAGCCCGAACCGCUACCGGUUCUUGAGACUGCGGCUCCUCUCCCGGACUCCAGUGUUUACCGCUCAAAGGUUGCUCUGGGGAAGAAACGGAGCAUAAAGCGCUCCAGACCGUCUCGUUCUAUACAACAGAAAGCCACCCUGCUCUCUCUGACAGAGGGGACGCAACCCGACUGGAGGUUCUGUGACUCCACAGACGCAAAAGAUCCGUGUUCCAAUGGAGCGGACUCGGAAUCAGAAGAGGAACCGUCCCAGGACGUCACGUCCUCUCCAGCCCCGAGUCAACCCAAGAGAGUCCCUAUGUUUCCUGGGAUGGACCCUUCUGCCCUCAUGGUAUGUCGAGGCCUAAUGGCGCAGCUAAAGCGGAGAGGUGAGGUUGCAGAAACAGAAAGUCCAGCAGAAGCACAGUCGUCUCCGUCUGUCCCCGCACGCUCUCCCCGCACACACACCAGCUCCCUCGGCCCCAGAGUGCUGCCCCCUGUUGACAACACUGGGUCGGGCUCUUCACCCUCCUGGCUGCUUGAGCUCAAAUCCAAGAAGCGAAUGAAUCAACCUGAAAGUGAAGCAUGAAGCUCGUGAAGCUCAGGUCUGAUGCAGUUUAAGAGGAAGUCGUCUGCAGAGGAAGUCUGCGUGAUGCCACAAAGAUGUCAAAAGAACUGCCUUAGAUGAAUGAGAAGUGCGAUGAUCUUUCAUUCUCAUGCUGAAUGAGUAUCAAACUAUUUUGAGUACAAGUCCUGGACUAAACAGUUUGUCAAUCUUUGCAAAGAUGACGUCCUGUUAUAACACAUUUUUACAUUUUACAUGAAAGUCUUUCAUAAUUUGCCAGCAUUAUAAGCGGCGAAAGAAUAUGUGUUUAAAAAGCAAGUGCCCUUCAUUUGAAUUGUGUUUACAUUUAUUAAUCCAGCAGAUGUUUUUAUCCAAAGAGAGGAUGGUCAAACAAGCAUUCAAGUUCCUCCAGUUCGAUCAGGGGCCAAAUGCACAUAUCUUCUGUUCAUCUCUGAUCGUGGAGAAGCAGAAAUCAGUGUAGCUUCAAUGCACUUUAAAUGAGUCAGAUCAGACAACUGGAAAAGUGCCUUAGGGCUCUUAGGCAUUAAAUUGCAUUUGAGUUAUUUUUCUGAUUUUAAAUAUUGUGUUUCUAAAAGUCUUAAGAUGUUCAUUAUGGCAUUGCUAUAUGAAACUCAUUUUUUCUCUCUCUUAGUUGUUUUGAUGGUUUACAACAUGGCAGUUAAGACCCAUUCAUAAUUUGAUGGUAUUUUGGUCUCAUUCGGUUUUAUUUUAUUCUCUAUGUUUCUUAUUUAAUCAAAGCUAGUGAGCAGAAAAGCAUCAGCUGAUGUGCUUGGAUCGGGCUGAUGGUCAUUUAUGAGGUUUUGUUUUGUUGCCCGUGUCUUUUCAACCCUGCCGAGUACACUUUUACAAACACAAAUCAGAGUUAUGAUCAUGUCUAAUAAGUUGUGACUGUGCUCCUUUGAAAUGUUUUUCCGGUCAUGUGUAUUUUUAGACUUCAGCUGUGUAAAUUGCUGCUUGAGGAAAAUGUUUACCUGUUUAAUGUUGGGUAAUAUGAACUGUGUUUUAUAAAAUAUGCAAUUAUCUUGAUUAAAUAUUUUUCUAAAUGGGAA